GACAGAGUUGUGGUCAGUGCUGAAGCUCGUCAGGAGGCACCACCUGUCAAACAGACAACAAGAGACAUUAGUCCCGAGCACUUCUUCGUACAACUGACACGUCAUGCCACACUUUGUAAGAAGGAAGAGGCGAAACUUGCACCUGGGUCUGAGGUUUGCCGUGUGGAUGGGGUUCAACCUGCUGGUGUUCGGAGUCAGCGUUCUCCUUGGGGACUCGCGCGACGAAAAUCAAUUGUCGCAAUCUGUAUACCCCCAUACUGCAGAUGAGUUCGCCCGGUCCACCAGAGAUGUCAGUGCUGCUCCCAAACUGCUCAACUGCACGCGAGCUGUCAGGAGAAAUGCCAUCCACCACUACCCGAAGGACCUGUUCACGGAGGACCAGCGAGCUAAGGGAGCGGUGUUGCUGCAUGUACUGGCCGUGCUGUACCUGUUCCUCGCUACCGCCAUCGUCUGUGAGGACUACUUCAUGCCGGCCAUAUAUGUCUGCACCGAGCGGUUUGAUAUGGAUCCCGGAGUGGUGGGAGCGGCGAUAGUGGGGAGCUUCUGCAGCGCGCCGGAACUAGCCACAACCCUCAUCGGCGUGUUUGUCAGUCAGAAUGACGUGGGAGUGGGCGCCAUGGUGGGCACGGCCGUCACCAACUAUGUGCUGAUCAUCGGGCUGUGCUGCCUGCUCAAACCCGCGGGCAAAGUGGUGAUAGUCCAGCCCUGGACGGUGACCAGGGACACCGUGUGGUCAGCCAUCGCCAUGGCCGUCUUCAUCGUGGUGGUCAUGGACGGCAAGGCAGAGUGGUAA